GAGGAGGGAGAGGGCACGCAGCCGCGUACACCAGCGGCGGGCGUGGAAGGAGGGGUACAGGAUGGCGAGACGCCCUCCCAACAGCCUGGGCCGUCAGGGCUGCUUGGCCCCACGGUCGUGGGCGUAGAGAAGGUGUCCCUGGACAUUGGAGGGCGCGGGGCCUGGAAGCCCGGCCCCAAGUCCUCCAAGGUCCGGGAUAAGAGGAAAAAGGAUGCCCGCCGGACCAUGUCGGACCCUCAAGUCCGGGAUGAUCCGGAGGACACGGAGGGGGACUCGACAGCCCUUGCGAGCAAGAUAAGCAAGAGGUCCAAAGGGUCCCCCUCCCCGAGGAACACCGAAGGGGAGGGGACCGCGCGAAGCGAGGACUCCGAGGCCUUCGCGACGGACGACGCGGCCAGCGCAGUGGACCCCGAGGGGGACGAUGGCUCCGAUGGGAGUACCAAGUCCCACACGUCCCGCUCGGGGGCCACGAAGAGGAGUCGGAGCGGCGGGAGGGGGAAGGGCGCGAAGGUGGCCCGCCCCCCCGACAGCUCCAGCGGGGAGGAGGAAGACCCCCCUGAAAAAAAGGAUGGCCGGGGCAGGCCCGGUACAACGGGGGAGGGCAUCGCGGUACGCGCCCGCAAACAAGAGAAGGCCCUCCAGGGGGAUUACGAUCCCCCAAAGUAUAAGGCCGCGAUGCAGAUGAAGAAGAGGGAGAUGGAGGAGCAAAUCCCCCAGCUCCCCACCCGCGAUAUAGUGGCGCGCGUCUUGGAGCACGCCAGCGGGAUUGACUACGCGGUGAGUGUCAGCAGGAAUUUGAGAAGGGAUCUUGCUGCCCAGAUAAGGAACGGGGCCUUGUUUACCAAGGUCGCCGUCGACGCCCUCUCGACCAGG